AUGUCGGCCCCGGAAGAGCGGCUGGUAGUGCCCGCGUCCCCGCCCCCACCCCAAUCAACAAACGCGAAGAAAAAGAAGAAAAAGGCGAAGAAGAAAUCGAAGCCCGCGCCCCCCGAACCUGCGCCGACGGUGCUAUGUAUCAGCCGCAACAAGCACUGGAAGUACAUUAGUUCAUACCAUGGACCCUGGCUGCAGCUCCCUGUCGAACUGUUGGACUCGCUCGUGCAGUUGAACACGAACCCCCCUCCCCUCCCAUCGAACAAGCCCGCACCACCCCCUGUCGAUCCAGGCGUCUUCCAUUCGGUCGCAUCCAUACGCAGGCUCAUCGACGAUGCGUCUUCGCUUGCCGUGCGCGCGUCCUCAGGCCUCUCUGCCAACGAGCUUGCGAACUUCGGACUCGGCUCCCCGCCCCCCACGAAGUCCCCCACAAUGUCAGCGAUGCGCGUACACCGCUUGCGCGCACUAGCCGUCCAGAAACUCGCGCAGGCGUACCGUAUGGACGAGAUCGCGUCAAGUGUAGUCGUCAUGCAAGGGGGGACUGUCUUCGACGACAUUGCGGAGCGCGUGCUCAAGAACGACCCGAACGACCCGGACGCCCGCUACGUCCACUUCUUCCACGAGAAGAUCCCAAGCAGACAGUUAGCAGAGUCCACGCCGACGCGCGUCCUCGACGAGCUCAUCGCCGCGCAGCCCCACCGGCUCGAGUACUUCCGCACGCGCGGGAUCGUGCACUGCUUCCGCGACGAAUACCCCGAUGCGGUCCGCGACUUCACACAUGCAAUCAAGGAGUCGAAGGCCCUGCGCAAGCACCAGAUGGCCGUCGUACCCAAAAAGAAGCGCAAUGGGCAAGCACCAGCCGAUGGAACCGCGGUCCCCCUCCCCAUCGCGCCGCUCGAGCCGCAGGCCCUGUUCCUGCGCGGCGCGGCCCACCUCUCGCAUGCGCUACAUAUCGUCGAGACUACGAUAUGG